CCGCAAGAAUCGACACCCACCGAACGAUUUCUCGAAUUAUCUUGUCAUCUGUGAGUUUUCCUCAACUGGGUUUUUCGGAUAAUGAAGUGGGGUGCUGCUUUCUUGAUUGGCCCCUGCUUGAGGAUGUGAGUGACUUGUUGGUUUGGUUCCGGGGGGCGGGUCACAGAGAGUAACCAGCUCUCGGAGUUCCUUUGAUUCCGCUGCACCCCCACAACAACCCCCAAUCUGAGAAGGGACGCGGAGGAUCCAUGUCAACGUUGACUUCGAGCUGUUCUUGGAAGGCCGGGGACGUGGUCUCCGAUCAAUUCCCGGCGGGCCUGCGGGUCCUCGUGGUGGAUGAUGAUCCGACUUGUCUCAGGAUCUUGGAGAAAAUGCUCAAGACAUGCCAAUAUCAAGUGACAACAUGCAGUAGGUCAGAUGUUGCUCUAUCCACGCUUCGAGAUAACAAAAAUGGAUUCGACAUUGUAUUGAGUGAUGUUCACAUGCCGGACAUGGAUGGCUUCAAACUUCUUGAACACAUCGGGCUUGAAAUGGAUCUCCCCGUAAUCAUGAUGUCCGCCGAUGACGGGAAGCAGGUUGUUAUGAAGGGUGUGACCCAUGGUGCUUGUGAUUAUCUGAUAAAACCGAUAAGGAUCGAGGCAUUGAAGAACAUAUGGCAACACGUGGUUAGGAAGAGGAAGAACGAAUGGAAGGAAUUGGAACAAUGUGGAAGUGUGGAAGAUGGAGAGCGGCCGCAGAAGCACUUGGAAGACGUGGAUUACUCAUCCACGGCAAAUGAAGGAAGCUGGAAAAGCGGAAAGAAAAGGAAGGAAGAGGAGGAUGAUAUAGAAGAAAGGGAUGAUUCGUCCACGCUGAAGAAGCCACGAGUGGUUUGGUCCGUUGAGCUUCACCAACAGUUUGUGUCGGCUGUUAAUCAGCUCGGAAUUGACAAGGCUGUUCCAAAGAAAAUACUGGAGUUGAUGAAUGUUCCUGGGCUGACAAGAGAAAAUGUUGCUAGCCACCUUCAGAAAUACCGCCUGUAUCUUAGAAGACUGAGCGGUGUGCCGCAGCAUCAGGCCGGAGUAAAUAGCUCCUUUAUUGGAACACAAGACGCGGCUUUUGGGACGAUCUCCUCACUUAACGGGUUUGAGCUCCAAGCACUUGCUGCUACAGGCCAGCUGCCAGCCCAAAGCCUUGCUACACUCCAAGCAGCAGGGUUGGGUCGGUCUGCCGGAAAAUCUGGCAUAUCCAUUCCCGUGCUGGAUCAAAGAAACCUGUUCAGCUUUGACAAUCCAAAAUUAAGAUUCGGAGAGGGACAGUCGCAGCAAAAUCUCGGAAGCAAUAGUAAACAAGUGAACUUGCUCCAUGGUAUCCCAACCACAAUGGAGCCUAAGCAACUCAUGAAUCUUCAGCAGUCUGCUCAACCUUUUGGAAGCAUGAGCAUGCCAGUCCAUACACAUGGAGCCCAAAGUAGCUCUUUGCUGAUGCCGAUGGGCCAACCACAGGCUAGAAGACACGUCAUCGGUGAAAGUGGUAGCAAUCGCCCUCCUGUCCUUCAGGCCAAUAUGGGGCAGUCAAUUCUGUCAACUGGCCUUGUUGGUGGGUCCUUAGGCAGGAGCAGCACUGCUGAAAAUGGACGAGGUCCGGGGCACAAUACGGUUUUGCAGACAUCAUCCGCUUUCAAUUUUCCCAUGAACCAAGUAUCAGAAGCACCGGUUAGUAGUUUUCCCAUCCAGAGUAGUUUUCCUGCAUCAAAAGGUGGAUACCCGGAGGAUGUGAACUCCGGUAUUAUUAAAGGGCCUGGUGGGUGUAUGCCGAACUACGAUAUACUCCAUGACUUGCAGCAAAUGAGAUCCCAUGAUUGGGAGUUUCAGAAUGUGGGCGUGGCAUUUGAUACAUCGCAACCAGGAAAUACCGUCCAAGGAAAUAUUGACACAUCCGGAUUGCUCUUAGUUCAUCAGGGUUUAUCUUCUGGGCAGAGCAGCAGUGGACACAAUAGAAAUAUCUCUGCUGCUGGCAAGUCCUUGCUUUCCGCCGACGGAAAUCGGCAGGUGACCUCUCCUAAUGUUGGUCAACCUCCGAAUUCCCUUGUUGACAAUCCAGUGCAAGUUAAGACUGAAGGUUUCCCUGAUAUGAGCUAUCAGGCCGUGCUCUAUCCGGAACACUACAGCCAGGAGGAUAUCAUGAAUGCACUUCUCAAGCAGCAACAAGGCAUUGGACCAUCUGACAGUGAGUUUGAGUUUGAUGGGUUUUCCAUGAAUAAUAUUCCUGUAUAGUAUAUGCUCCAUGGUCAGGUGCAGUACAGUGCAAAGUCGCGCGCAGUACAUAGUUUACACCAGUCGGUUAUUUUCCCCUCCUGUGAUUGGGCUGCAAAUUCAAGAGGAUUCUUGAUUUGAAGUGGCAGUGCUGGACCAUAAUGAUUAUUGAAUGGACCAAUUUCAGUAGAAGAUAUUUGUGGAGCAUGGGAGGCACUGCUGCGUGAUAUGCAAAGGCGUACAUGCUAGUUCUUUUUGACUGCUUUUGAUAGAAUAAUACUUUAGCCAGAAGAAGCAACUAAUUUAGUCUUGUCAAGUUAUUGUUAGAAUUUCUUAGGCACUUUGUCAGCUGGACAAGGUUUUGUGAUACUUGCAGUACUUUAGGUCUAGGAGCCUUUUCUAACUUCAAUAACACACCCAAUGCGGUUCUGGUCCGUCUUUUAUUCCCCUUGUUUGUUGAGGUAACUCAAUGUUAUUGUAAGUAUCUGCCUUUCCAUUGCUUUGGACAAGGAUUUGUGCAUUCUUUACUCGAUGCAUCUUGUAUUUCAUUGCCCUGUACAUGGGUUGUGCGUUCUUUGUAUUAAGUUCUCUUCUGGGCUGAA